GCCAAUGGCAGAGCAGAAAACGGAGCUUCCCGCUCUGCUGUCCGCCCUGCAGCACUAUUUAGGAGAGGAGUCCUAGCAGUAGAGGAGACGACCACAGGUGCACCAGGGCAGGUAUGACCCGGGUCUGCGCAGGCAGAAGGGGUCAAAAAGAGAAAGUGGUCUUUUUGAGAAGGGGAAAUAUUCACAAAUGGAUAUCCACAUAAGUGGGAAGAUGCCGGGAGAUUUAAUAGGAAAAAGAAGACCAUGUCCCUUCAAGGGCCAAAUCGAGGCCGAUGAGCUCGCAUACAAACGCUUUAGGAGGCGGAUCAUCCAGAAGAGCAGCAGAGGAGGUCCAGCUGCGAGUACGCCUCUGCCCUCUGGGUGGCGCUGUGACCCUCGCUUUGAGUUUGACAGAGUCUGCCAGAGGCUGGAGCUCGAACCUUCACCGACAAAACACAAGCAAGCACAUGAUGUCCUGCAGAAACACAUGCAAGUUGAGUCUGAGUCAUCUCUGGUGGGCAACUGCGGUCAGAUGUUUGUGCCUUUUAACUUGCCUCAACAACACACAAUGAGAAGCAGAAGAUGGGGUGACACAGAAACGUCAACAAAUAAGAGAGUGAAGUGGAUUUGGAGAGCUGUACGUCAGUCAAAUGAGAGUUCCCAGCAAACUGAUAUUGAUGAGGGAACACAUGAUUUGAAGCCUUUUGCCAACAUGAGUGUGAAGGGAAAGGCACAAAUGACUUUGUGGACACCAUCCCUGCUGAAUGACUACUAUGCCGAUCUUCUCGACUGCAGUUGUGAUGGGAUGAUUGCAUUAGCGCUGGGUUCUGCUGUUUAUCUCUGGAACUCAGAAACUCGUGCCCUGGUUGGACACUUCCAGUCAAGUCCAGAUCCAGGUCAACCUCUCUGCAGGAGUCUGUCCAUCUCCUGUCUGAGCUGGAGUGGGGAUGGCAGAGCUCUCUGCACAGGGAACAGACGAGGGGAGAUACAGUUGUGGGAUGUUGACCAAAAGCAGAAUGUGUGCCGUCUUCAGUCACACGUGUCUCUGGUGUCAGCUCUUUCCUGGAAACAGCAGUUACUCAGCAGUGGCUCCACUCUUGGACACAUCCAUCACCUUGACCCUCGGGCUUCUAAGCCUGUUGUAGGGGCAGCUGUCCAGGAGGAGGGGAUCUGUAGCCUGAAGUGGUCACCGGGAAACGAAUGGCUUGCCAGUGGCUCCAAAGAGGGGCUUCUCCAUAUUUGGGACAGGGCCAUUGCAGGGAUCAAAACAUCUUGCCAGCCAAUUAUAACAAUGAAACAGCCCAGCGCUGUUAAGGUGAUUUCAGCAUUAGGAUGGUGUCCAUGGCAGAGAAAUGUGAUUGCUACAGGUGGAGGAUGGAAAGAUGGACAGCUUAGAAUCUGGGACACUCAAUUAGGAUCCUGUUUAACCUCCAUCAACACAAACUCACAGAUCUGUUGUCUCAGAUGGGCUGAAAGGAAAAGAUAUCUGGUCACAGGUCAUGGACUUCCUCAUAACAUUAUCACCUCUUGGAGCUGGGAGUUUCCCUCUCUCUGCCGAAUGCACCAACUUACAGGUCAUUCACAUCGAGUUCUGCACUUGGCCAUAAACCCUGGCAACGCUAACAUCUUCUCAGCUGGAGCUGACCAGAGCUUUUGCCUCUGGGAUCUGUAGUUAAAUGUGAAAGAGACUGCAAGGUGGUUUCAGACUUAGAAAGUAGAUAUGGAGCAUUAGAUACUUUUAUUGAAUAGGUUUCAAAAUUAGAAAGAAGCCAAGAAAAGGUGAAGAUAGACCUGAGGGUUGAACAGUGGAUAUUAAACAAGAAACAAUGUUUUUAAAUGUUGGUGAAGAAGAUAAGUAGGGAGAUAACUGUGGGUGGAUUUUUGUCUUAAAAAAGCAUCAAAACUGAAAGAAGUAGUUUGAAUAGUUUGAAAAGCUGCAAUGUGUAAUUUGAGGAUGUUUGCUGUAACAUAAAGACAAAAUGAGGUGACAAAGUUGAAGAUAGUCAAUAUACAUUUACCAGGAUGCAUAAGUGUACGUGGAUGAACAACUCGGUCAAGGAAUUUAAUAAACAAACUUCAGAUAUGCACUAGAAACAGGGCUAAUAUGGGACAACGGAUGCUGAACAUGGAGCUGCCAGGCCGGUGGAAAAGCAGAAGACCGCAGGUGAGAUUCACAGACGCAGUGGAAGAGGAAACUCCAUUUGUGUGAUGUGGUAUGCCAUGGCUUAGCCGCAGGCCAGAUCACCUCACGUUACUUCUUCGUCCAAAAACCCAUGUCCUGGGACAAAGGCCGUGAGUUCUGUCAGAGCCACUUUGUGGACCUUGCCGUCUUGAGCACAGAGAAGAAAUGCUUUGCUCUUCUCAAUGGCAUCCCAACAAACACAGCCAGCUUUUGGCUUGGUCUGCAUAAGCAGAGAAGUGGCUGGAAGUGGACCAGUGGGGAAGAACUGAGCUACAAAUUAUGGUACAACUGCAAGUUUGAGGCUCGGUGUGUAACUUUGGAGGACAUGUCCGAGAAUAAUGACAAGCUACUGGCUCGUUUUUGUGAUGAGCAGCACAUGGUUGUAUGUCAGGGUAUGAAAUGUUACUACUUUAAAAAGCCAUUUGUGAAAAAUCCUACCCCAACUUUCUUGCAUGAACCCGCAAAGACACAGAUUUGUCCAGUUUACUUAAUAUAUGGUACAAAAUAAUUAGACUAUAUAAAUUUUUUUGAUCUAAUUAAUUUAAUUUCCUUUCAGGUUCUUGUAUGGCACUUGCUAUCUGAAAAGUUUCCCUUUUCCCUGUGGAAGAUUUUAAAAAAGUGAAGCCAGUUAUAUUAGUACAAAACCUGUGAUGUUUCUGAGUUAUUAUUACAUGGUGCGAAACAAUUUAGGUUGAACUGAAAUUAAAAAAAAUCGAUCAGGUGAAUCUAAGUUGGAACAUCUCUGUACUUAAGCAGAUGACUUCUCACUAUUACAAUGUGACGAUAUGCAGCUUCAUUUGUGAGACGCUCUCCUACCCCCACACCAAUGACUCCUCCCUCAUGAGCAUCAACAUUUCCAACUUGACUGCAGCCACAGAGUACUUCAUACAGGUGUGGAAAUAUAAAUGCCUUAUCAUUAGUAGCUAAAGCUAAGAUAUAUUUGGGAUUUGCUGCUUAUAGGUUGAUUAUUAUUAGGAGUUUUUAGUUAUGCUUUUGAGAGUUAGAAAAAUCCUUAAACAGUAGCUUCUAGUGUGGUCACACAAUGAGUGUUUAUUAUUCAAGGUUAAAGCUUGCAGGUGUUUUCUGUCUGUAUCGUGAGAAGCCGGCAGUGUAUUAGGAAGGGAUGGUACUCCUCUCUCUGAAGAUUCCUGAGAAUGUGUGAGAAACUGAGAAGGGCUGCACAACAAAUGUAAAAUGUAUAUUUCCUCUGUGUGAGAAAACUGCACAACAAAUGUAAAAUGUAUAUUUCCUGUAGUAUGUGUGUGUUCAAUAAAAGAACGGUGCAGGGGAGAAAAAAAGCAGAAGUAUUCCUGACUACACAGAGACAGCACCUCUCUCCCUGGCCGGGUGAAUCAGCUUCAA